AUGUCGAGCAGAAUUGAGAUACGAACAGACCGGGCCCCUGCCCCCCGGCCCUCAAAUUUUCAGGCCAUUGUACACAACGGCAUGAUUUUUUGUUCUGGCGCCAUCGGUGUUGAUCCGGUAUCAUCUAAGCUUGUGGAAGGCCCCACGACAGCUCGCGCGGCAGCUCCUGAGGACUCGGAAGCCAUCGCCCUCGCCGGCAAAGAUAUCCCGGCUCUUUAG